GGCGGGUCGAAAUACAGAGGAUGGCCUCCUCUCUUUCUUGUAAUCGUGGGAGGGGGUUAGCACGGCUUUAAGGUCAUUUUUCAUCGUGUGGGGAUUUUGUAACUUUUUUAAAAAAUACAGUUUUCUUAAUAACCAGAUCGUGUUGUUGGGCGUAGGUAAAGAGUCUUUUCGUCUGAAGGGUGUAAAAUGGAAUAAGAAGACAAAGGGAACACAUUUUUUGUUUGUUUGAGAAAAGUAGAGAACUAAAGCUUGUUUUUUUGUAGUAAAGGGGAGAGAUCAGCUGGAUAUUUUUGAAAGAAGUGCGAAGGACCAUCGAUUCCACAUAUGCUGCAUUAAAAACGAAUGGUUUAGGUUCGUUCAAUGCGUUUUAAGAUGGAUCUAAAGCUACUUUUUAUAUCAACACUAAUAGGAUGCCUGUGUUACAGCAGUGCCCAGCAAGAGGGAAAUGAAUGUAUAAAGGCCAACGCCAAAUCCUGUGGGGAAUGUAUUCAAGUUGGAGAGAAAUGUGGAUGGUGCACCCAGCCCGACUUCUUAAAACAAGGAGAGCCGACCUCUGCCAGGUGUGACGAGCUGGAGUCCCUGAAGAAGCGCUGUCAAGCUACUCUGAUUGAGAACCCCCGGGGUGGUCAGAGGGUGUUGCAGAACAAGACCGUCACUGACCGGAGUAAGCCGGGCUCAAAGAAGCUGAAGCCAGAGGAGAUCACUCAGAUUCAGCCUCAGAAGAUAUCCUUGGACUUACGAUCCGGUGAAGCCCAGUCCUUUAAGCUGAAGUUCAAAAGAGCAGAAGACUAUCCUAUUGAUCUCUAUUAUCUUAUGGACCUGUCUUUCUCCAUGAAAGAUGAUCUGGAAAAUGUCAAAAACCUGGGAACAAGUCUGAUGAAUGAAAUGUCAAAAAUUACUUCUGAUUUUAGAAUUGGUUUUGGGUCCUUUGUGGAGAAGACUGUUAUGCCAUACAUAAGUACGACUCCAGCCAAGCUACUGAAUCCUUGUACUGGAGAAAAUAAUUGCACUAGUCCUUUCAGCUAUAAGAACGUGCUCAAACUCACCAGUGAUGGGAAGCAGUUCAAUACUCUUGUAGGGCAGCAGCAAAUUUCUGGAAACCUGGAUUCUCCUGAAGGAGGUUUUGAUGCCAUAAUGCAAGUUGCUGUCUGUGGUGAGCACAUUGGCUGGAGGAAUGUCACCCGUCUGCUGGUGUUCUCCACUGACGCUGGGUUCCACUUCGCCGGAGAUGGAAAACUGGGAGGAAUUGUUUUGCCAAAUGAUGGAAGGUGUCACCUGGAGAAUAACAUGUACACGAUGAGUCACUACUAUGACUACCCCUCAAUUGCUCACCUGGUUCAGAAAUUGAGUGACAACAAUAUUCAAACAAUCUUUGCGGUCACUGAAGAAUUCCAACCUGUCUACAGGGAACUGAAGAACCUUAUUCCAAAGUCUGCAGUAGGAACCCUGUCUGCCAACUCCAGCAAUGUUAUCAAUCUGAUCAUUGAUGCUUAUAAUUCUCUGUCUUCAGAAGUCAUCCUUGAGAACAGCAAGUUGCCAGAUGGGGUAUCGAUUAAGUAUGUGUCGCACUGCAAGAACGGGAACGUUGGUGAAGGGGAAAACGGACGAAAAUGUUCAAAUAUUUCCAUUGGAGACGAGGUGACGUUCAACAUAAGCAUCACCGCUCACAAGUGUCCAAAAAAUGGCCAGAAAAACGAAACCAUCAAGAUCAAGCCCCUGGGCUUUACGGAGGAGGUGGAAAUUGUUCUUAAUUUUAUCUGCGAGUGCCAGUGUCACGAUGCUGGAGUGCCCAACAGCCCCCUGUGCAAUAAUGGCAAUGGGACCUUUGAGUGUGGGGCAUGCAGGUGCAACGAAGGCCGCAUCGGCAGGCAGUGCGAGUGCAGCACGGAAGAGGUCAACAGCGACGAUCUGGACGCCAACUGCCGGAAGGACAACGGCACGGACAUCUGCAGCACCAACGGCGACUGCAUCUGCGGGGAGUGUGUGUGUAAGAAGAGGGAGAACCCGGCCGAGAUCUACUCGGGCAAAUACUGCGAGUGUGACAACUUCAACUGCGACAGGUCCAACAACCAGAUCUGUGGGGGACACGGUGACUGUGUCUGUAGGGUGUGCGUAUGCCACCCCAAUUACACUGGCAGUGCCUGCGACUGCUCACUGGACAACACCACAUGCCUGGCAUCCAAUAAGCAGAUCUGCAAUGGCAGAGGGAUAUGUGAAUGUGGUACCUGCAAGUGCACAGAUCCCAAAUUCCAGGGGCCCACCUGCGAGAUAUGCCCGACAUGCCCUGGGGUUUGCACGGAGCACAAGGACUGUGUGCACUGCAUGGCUUUCAAGACGGGCGAGGAGAAGGAGAAGUGCGAGAAGGACUGCAACUAUUUCACCCUCAUCAAGGUGCAGGACCGCGAUAAGCUGCCCCAGCCUGUCCAGUCUUUCCCCCUCAUGCACUGCAAAGAGAGGGACGCCAAUGACUGCUGGUUCUAUUACACCUAUGCCGUCAACAACAACUCUGAAAAAAUAGUCCAUGUGGUUGAGAAACUAGAGUGCCCCGCGGGCCCCGACAUCAUCCCCAUCGUGGCCGGCGUGGUGGCAGGGAUCGUGCUCAUAGGCCUCGCCCUCCUGCUCAUCUGGAAGCUGCUCAUGAUCAUCCAUGACCGCAGGGAGUUCGCCAAGUUCGAGAAGGAAAAGAUGAACGCCAAGUGGGAUACGCAAGAGAAUCCAAUAUACAAGAGUCCUAUUAAUAGGUUCCAGAACCCAAGCUAUGGACGUAAAGCUACGGCUCACUAAGUCUCAGGUGAAAAUCCCAUCUAUAAGAGUGCGGUAACAACUGUGGUCAAUCCUAAAUACGAGGGAAAAUGAUGGAGCCUCUGUUUUCUUUACAACACUGUAUGCAAAGAAUUUUGUUUUGUGUGGGGGGGGGGGGAGUUUUAUUUUUUGUUUUUGUAGUCACCGAAUGCUAACAAAGUUAGGCCACUAUCUCCAUGAUUUUUACUAACAGUAGGGUUUUUUUUCUAUGCAUCAUUUGGAAAAAUGUACAGUAUGUAUAAACUUGGUUCAAGACUUAAGUUUUUUGUUUUAAUUGUUAUGUUUGCCACAGGACUGGCAUGGAUACAGAGAUCUGAUUGUGCCUUUCACAGGAGCAGUCUAUAAUGACGGAGAUCGAGUCGUUGUUUUCUAACGCGCCGUGGUGGUGUUGACUAGGGCCUGCUUUUGCAGCAGGAAAUGUAGCAUGAACUGGCGUAGAGGGAUCUUCCACAUUGCAGCCUUGCGUAUUUGUGCAUGUUGUCGAUUGGUUUUCAGCUACGCAACAGGAUAAAAUGUACAACGAAAGCAAGCAGGAAAGUUUUAUUUUACAAUCAAAGGAAUUUUUGAAAGUGGCUAUUUAUGAACAGAAUCUAAAUUUCAGGAAUUAACUAUACUGUUCAUGAGGCAGGUACUAGUUACACCACAAUCCAGGCUCUGCUAGCACCAGUUUCCAGCAAUGCCAAAAAUAACUGCCUUAUUUACGAGACAAAAGCCUUAUUUUUAGUGUUCUAAUAUCAGUAACCAUGAGUGCAUUUCUAGAAAUUCAAAGUAUUUCAGCAAUCUGAGCUUGCUUGUUUUUAUUACUGUAAUUCUUUUUACCUUUAUUUUUAAUAGAGGCUUGGAUGUAGGCUAUUCUUCCAUGUGAGAGAUCAGUAUAAAAAGAUCAGUGUUAAGGGAAUGACCUCUGAAAAACAUUAAAAGCCUCAAAUGCCUCAUGUACUACAAUGUCACGUUCUUGUUUUAAAGUGCCUUUUAUUUCAGCAUUAUGUUCACUUUUGCAAUACUGUUUCUGAAAUUAUUUAUUAAAUAAAGUACCAAAAACGA